UUUUGAGGUUGUACUCGUAGUGGGAAUGGCAAUUUAAAAUGAGAUUGUCGUGGUGAAUUGUCGAAUAAAGAAUGUAAUGCGGGCGAGAAAUUGAAAAAUCAUGGACAGCAGUGAAAUGCAAAGGCAUAAAACUGGAAUUAUUGGUUGUGAUUGUAGUUGUAAAAUUUUCCUAUCACUUGCCCUACAACGCGGCGUGGACUGAAAUCGGAGCGACUAAACUCAAUGCACAGUGUGUUAUACUUGUUAGAUAGAAAAAAUUUGAAUUCACGCUUGAGACCUAGGAAGUGAAAAACUAGUUGACCUCAUUAUUUUCAGUAGCUUCACUUUAACUAUAUUGCUUUGCACUUGUGAAUCAGCUCACCCCUUUUCGACUAGCUUUUCAGGGAUGGACGGUGGUCAGUGCGCACAUAAAUUUCAUUCAACCACAAAGUGCGAGGGGAGCGGGAAUGCCACCAGCAGAGGGGAACUCAUAAUUUAACGAGCUCAGAGCCGGGCAAAUGGCGGCGUGGCGCGUUAGUGGCUGAAGUUCUGUGCGCUCAUUCAUUGCGUGCGAGUGAUUCGAGGCGCACCGUAUCGAUCAAGUAAUAAAACGGAAAAGCAGUUCGAAUUACAAAAGCAAAACUAAUAAAACAAUAACAUUUUUUAACAUUUCAUUGUACUCGUAAUCCUGUCAAACCCAAACGCGUAUGUUAACGGCGCAUUUUUCUGUAUUUGAGCGUGCGGGCGUGCGGCAUACGUGAGGACGCUUCACAAGCGACACAUCCUAGCAGCAGGCGCGCAAGUGUGCUAUUAAAUGGAAUGAGUAUCAUGCAACACAAGGAUUUAGCAACGCAAUAACGCCACGUUCAAACGUGUACGCAUUUGAGCUUUUAUUUUUUUUUUAAUCGCUGUACUGCUAUUUACCACUGACGUGCUUACUCGUGAAAGCGGCCACGCGGCAAAAGUGCCACAGCAGCAAAAAUGGAUAAACUGUUGUCCCUCUUUGAAAAUGCUGACCCAUUCAAAACCUGGUGGCCGACCAUUGCCGCGAUUGUGUUCGGUGUCGUUAUAAUGGUGCGUACGCUGAUGAGCGGCCAGCGCUGUCCCAACGACAAUCAAAUACGCGAUCAAAUAGUUAUUGUGACGGGCGCGAAUAGCGGCAUCGGCCUGGAGAUUGCCAAAGCGCUGGGCGCGCGUGGUGGCCGCAUUGUGUUGGCCUGCCGCAACAUGGCCGCGGCGGAGCGCAUGGCAAGGGUCAUUAAGCGCGAGCUAGCGUGCCAGCGCAUCGGCGCUAAUGCGGAGGAGGAGUUCUUUGUGGAGGCGCGCUAUCUGGAUUUGCGCUCCUUUGAAAGCGUGCAUCGGUUUGCGCGUCGCAUCACCGGCGAAUUCGAGCGCAUCGAUGUGUUGAUAAACAAUGCGGGCAUUAUAUUCGGCUCACUAAGCGGGCGCACCGUCGACGGCUACGAAGAGCAUCUGCAGGUGAAUUAUCUAUCGCAUUUUCUGCUAACACAGCUGCUGCUGCCGCACUUGCGACGCUCGCCCAGCGGCGGGCGCGUGAUAAAUGUGACGGCACAUGCCCAUGCCGCGGCCAAAAUCGAUUUCGACGAUCCACUAAAUGUGGGCACUUGGUCGGUGAAGUUCCAUGCACGUGACGCUUUUGCUCACUCCAAGCUGGCCGUGAUGCUGGCAACGCGUUGGCUGGCGCGUCAAAUGAAAGGCACUCCACUGACGGUCAAUUGUUGCACACCGGGGCUUGUGCGCAGCACGGGCCAUUUACGCAAUUCGCCACUAAUGUCCGCCAUUAGUGUAAAAUUGAUGACCUUCCCAUGGAUGUGGCUGUUCAUGAAGAAUCCAUUUGAGGGUGCACAAUGCGCCAUACGUCUAGCCACCGAUCCGAAGCUCAAGAACGUUAGCGGCGAGUAUUUCAACGAUUGCGAAGUAUCACAAUCAUCACUGCAUGGUCGGGAUAUAGCUUUGGCGAAGAAAUUAUAUAUGCAGACAAUAAAGGAAUUGGAAAAGGUUACCAAAUUGACUAUUGCAAAGGAUAUUGAAAGCGAAACUUUACCUCUGGCAAUAGCUGCCGAAUCGGCAGUAGAGAAACACCACAGAAAACAAACACAGGAAGCGCCAAAAAGGAAACAUCAGGGAAAACAAAAGCAGAAAAUUUAAACUGCUGAUGAAUUUUCGAUUUUGUGGCUAGGUGACAUAAACAUUCAUUAAAAGACUACAGAUUAUUAUUAAUAUUUCUAAAAUAUAAAAGAUAAUUAAUAAAUUAAUUAAUUAACUUUAUGU